AUGAAAUUGAUUGCUACAUUAUUAGUCGUAUUAGUAUGCGUCAGUGCUGCUCCAAGAAAUCCAUUUGACUAUUCAAAGAAAAGAUCUUUGACAGCAGUUAUGGCUGAAGUUGAAGCAAAAUUGAAAAACAAGUCACCACUUGAUGCUAUUUUGAAUGUCUUAGGAGAUUUCAGAGAUGCAGUCAACACAGAAUAGGUUAAUCAUGAUGAAAUCUAUAACACAUAAUAAGCUGAAUGUGCUUCUGAACAUGAAUUUAGAUCAAGAUAAGUUUAAGAUGCUCAAACAGUUUUAAGAGAUUCUACUGCUGCCUUAAAUGUUUGCAGUACUUCUAAAAUUAGAACAACUAACAUCUAAGAAGUCAACUAAUAAUAAUACUAAUCAGCUUAAGAACAUAUGACCACAGUCUUGAAUGCUGCUGAAACAGAAGCUUAAUACUUCAAGAGAAGAGGAAGAGAUUAUGAAGAUGCUCUUCAUGCUAUUGAUGAAGCUUAAGAUAUCUUAGCUUCAAUCUAUAGUGGAUCAGGAUCAUUUGCUGAAAUCAGCAGAGUUUCAAAGAGUAUGCUCUAAACUGCCUUUAACAUCAACGAAACAGCUAAAUUUGCCCCAAUCUUCUAUGCCUUUGCUUAAUUAGCUGCCUAAGAAGGACAACUUGAUGAAUCAGCCCUUGAAAGAGUUGCUUAACUUUUGGACACUUUGAGAUCAAACAUCCAAGAAGCCUACAAUGAUUAUGCAGCCUCAAAUGCUGCCUCAGUUGCUGCCUUCAAUGACUAAAAGGAAAGAUUAGGAUAAACUAUUGCCAGACUUGAAGCCUAAAAUGAAAGACUCUCUGAAAAGUUAACCAACUUAGUUUAAUGUAUUGGAACUCAAUCAGCCAUUGCUUAAACUGCUUCAGGAAAACUCUAAAGAAACUAAUAACUUUGGGAUUAAGCUUAAACUUUAUGCUCAACCUUUGCCAAUGAAUAUAACUAUGCCACUUAAGCAAGAAGAAACGAAAUCUAAUUAGUUGCUCAAUUGGAAGAGAUGGUUGCUGAAAGAUUCGACUAAGUUGAAGAUGAAAAUCACGAAAGAAACUAAAAACUUGCUGCAGCAGUUGGAUAUUGAU